UGAGCGCUGAGGCUGCAGGUGGGCGCUGCACUGUCCACGUGAAAGGCGAGAUGGUGGCGUUCAGCGCCUGUUUUCUAGUUUGUACGGCUUUUGAGGUUUUAUUAUUUUAGUUUUCUCUCUGUUUUAAGCGGCGACGAUGGACUAGUGGACAGUUUGGAAGACGUUUGUGCUUUUGGAGUGAACUUACAUCCAGCCUAACUCACUCUGAGUGCUCUGAGAGCUUUGAGAGACUUUUAAUCGUGUAGUCUUUGGCUUUAGGCAGUAUGUCUUCGAUAUUUGGCAAAAUUUUUCGGCUCCCGACUCUUGACAAGAAGAAGGUGAAGCAGUACGAGCAUGUCCACCGGAAUGUGAACCCCAACGAUCUGUGGGAGAUUAUUGGGGAACUGGGCGACGGAGCGUUUGGGAAGGUUUAUAAGGCCCAGAAUAAAGAAACAGGUGUGCUGGCCGCUGCCAAGGUGAUCGAGACGAAAAGUGAGGAGGAGCUGGAGGACUAUAUGGUGGAGAUUGAGAUCCUGGCAACAUGUGACCACCAUCACAUUGUGAAGCUGCUUGACGCUUUCUUCUAUGAUCAAAAGCUUUGGAUCAUGAUCGAGUUUUGUCCAGGAGGAGCCGUGGACGCCAACAUGCUAGAGUUGGACAGAGGUUUGACGGAGAAGCAGAUCCAGGUGGUCUGCAGGCAGAUGUUGGAGGCUCUGGUCUAUCUGCACGGCAAGAAGAUCAUCCACAGAGAUCUAAAGGCAGGAAACAUCCUCCUCACGCUGGACGGAGACAUCAAGCUAGCGGAUUUUGGCGUGUCUGCGAAAAACACCAAAACUCUACAAAGAAGAGACUCUUUCAUUGGGACUCCGUAUUGGAUGGCUCCUGAAGUCGUCAUGUGUGAGACCAUAAAAGAUGCUCCGUAUGACUAUACCGCGGAUAUCUGGUCACUGGGGAUCACGCUGAUUGAGCUGGCGCAGAUGGAGCCCCCCCACCACGAGCUCAACCCAAUGAGGGUCCUGCUGAAAAUUGCCAAGUCCGACCCACCCACACUGGAACAGCCUUCUAAGUGGUCGAUGGACUUUAAGGAUUUCCUAAGAAAAUGUUUGGAUAAGAAUCCUGAGACUCGUCCGACGGCCGCGCAGCUUCUGGAGCACCCGUUUGUAAAGUCAGUGAAGUCUAACCGUCCCGUGCGGGAGCUGGUGGCCGAGGCCAAGGCGGAGGUGAUGGAGGUGAUGGAGGAGAUGGACGACAGCCACGAGGACGCAGACGAGGAAGAACCUGCAGACAUCUCAGCUCCCCCGGGCAAAGAUCCAUCUGAAACCAGUCAGACCAGUCUGGACGACCACGCGGUCGGCGAAUCGCCUGAAGCUCCAGAAACACCCGAAACACCUGAAGCUCCUGAGAGCCCAGCAGAAACGGAACCUGAGGCGGCCAUGCCUGAGGAUCCUCACAAGGAGGAGGAGCUUAGUGACAAACUUCCUGAAGAAGAGCUUCUGAUGGAUCACGACAAGCCUGAAAGCGAGACGUCUGGAAAAACUUCCAGCUCCGAUUCAGGCAUCGAAGACGGCCAAAGCACGCCUACUUCGGAAAAGGAGGUCAAGGAGGCGGAGACUUUGGAGUCAGAGUCACCUUCACCUUUGACACCUGCAGAGCCCAGUGGGCCUCUGCCAAAUGUGGAGAACCCGGAAGAACAUGAGGAAGAACCCAGCGAACAACGCGAUGAAGAAAUGCCAGGUUCCAUCUCCACGCUGCCCCCACUGUUGAGAAAUGGAACUGCAGGGUCUGAGGCGGUUGAAGGAGAAGAUAUGAAGGGCGCACCGCCUCGCGCUAACGGAGGGAUAGUGAAGCGCUACUCGGACACAGGCAGCAUGGACCUCAGCCCGAACACCUCAGGGGAUAUCUCAAUAAACAAAGACACCGGCUCCGUGGCUGUUCGGGGUUCACGAUUGUUACGUGGGACACUGAAACGCACGCGCAAGUUUGUGGUGGAUGGAGUGGAGGUCAGCGUCACCACCUCCAAAAUCAUCAGCGACGAUGAUAAGAAAGAUGAGGAGAUGAGAUUCCUCAGGCGUCAGGAGUUGAGAGAGCUGCGUUUGCUGCAGAAAGAGGAGCACCGAGCUCAGGCUGUUCUCAACACUAAACUGGAGGCUCAGAGAGACCAAAUGCAGAAACGCUUCGACCAGGAGAUGAACGCGAAGAAGAAAUAUUACGACACUGAGCUGGAGAAUCUGGAGAAGCACCAGAAGCAGACGAUUGAGAAGAUGGAGGUGGACCACGCGGUGCGGCUGCGGGACGAAACCAAACGCAUCCGCGCUGAGCAGGAACGAGCUUAUCUCAAGUUCCAGGAGCAGAUGAAGCAGCGCAAGAAGGAGGUAAAACACGAGGUGAAGACGUUGCCGAGGAGCCAGAGGAAGGAGACUCUGAAAGUCCGCAUGAACACCUUCCAGCAGAAGAAGAUUACGGAGGAGGAAGAGUUCCGUGUGUCUCAGAUCACCUACCUGGACUCAACCUUGAAGAGCAUCAUUGCCCAGAACAAGCGAGAAAUCGCAGAUACAGAGCGGCAGUUCCUGGACAAGAAACAGCACUUAAUUCGAGAGAAGGAAGCCAGUAUUUGGGAUCUGGAGGAGAAGAACCUGCACGAGAGAUGGCAGCUGAUGAAGCAGCAGCUCAAAGACCAGUACUUCCUCCAGAGACACCAGCUGCUUAAGAAACAUGAGAAGGAGCAGGAGCACAUGCAGUGUUAUAAUCAGCGAAUGAUUGAGCUGCUUAAGGCUCGGCAGCAGCAAGAGAAGAACCGCCUGCCGAAGAUCCAGCGCAGCGAGGCCAAAACUCGCAUGGCGAUGUUCAAGAAGAGCCUGAGGAUAAACUCCACCGGCAGCGGAGCGGACAACCGCGAGAAGAUCAAACAGUUUCAGAGGCAGGAGGAGAAGAGGCAGAAGGCUGAGCGUCUGCACCAGCAGCAGAAACAUGAGAACCAGAUGAGAGAGAUGGUGGGGCAGUGUGAGAGCAACAUCAGAGAACUCCAGCAACUACAGAAUGAGAAAUGUCACCUGCUGGUGGAAAACGAGACGCAGAGACUGAAGUCACUGGAUGAACAUCACAACCAGCUCAUUCGAGACUGGAGAGAGCAGCUCAAACCCAGGAAGAAGGCUCUGGAGGACGAGCUGAAUCAGAAGAAGCGAGAGCAAGAGAUAUUCUUUAAGAUGAGUGAAGACGUGGAGUGGCAAAACCCCACCUCCCCCAACAAAGUCACCAAAUUCCUGCCUUACUCCGACUCCUCCACCACAUAAAAAUCCUCCCAGUCCCCAGAUUCGCACUUUCUCACCGCUCAGCAUCGUCCAGCACAGCCUGCCAGCCCCAACACAGGCUAGCUUUGCUCUGCGUUAAAGUUCAAAUGUAGUUUUCACAGCAGCCCAAAUAAUGUUGGAUGAUCAGCCAAGACAUGUUUGGUGUCUGAAGUUCGCUUCUUUAGUUUUGCACUGUAGUAAACAAGUAAUAGAGGUUUAUAACCCACCAAUCAGCAUCAUGCAGACUGCAUGCUGAAAUCACUGCGCACUCGCCUCAGACCGUGUCCAUGUUUUUAAGCAAACUUAAUAGACUUGUUAUGUGGUUUGUCUGCAUGCUAAGUGUUUUAUACAGCGUAGAAACCACAUUAGCAAGUCUAUUUGAGAUUACUUGACAACUCAACACAGUUAGGCUAUGUUCACAAUACAAGCCUCAUUGCUUAAAUCAGAUUUUUGCUCAAAUCCGAUCUCUCUGACACGAUGG